GAGGUGCAGCUGUCCUGGCCGAACACGGGCUGGGAAGUUGCACAGGAUUUGAUGCCGGAAAUGCAUGAGUGGCCGACUUUUGAACAGGCUCAAUUGGUCCUCAAUUUGUAUGAACUUUCCAAACACCACACCUACACCAAAGGUGGCAUCCAUCAAGCGUACCUCAACCCUGAGGGCAAACUGCCGACGUUGUUGCAUUAUGCAGGCAAUGCAUUGUACACAUGUGCAUGUGGAUGUCGUGCUGCCUUGAGCGAAGCCCGGCUCAAAGCUCGAGGACUGGUGGGGAUUUUGGUGCCACUUGGAACUACUCAAGUUCAUAUGAAUGUUGAGAUGGAACGCUGUCGCUACUUACACCCCCGAGAAAUGUGGUGCCUCAUGGGUGGGCUUCCCGAUGUCUCUUUUGGCCACAAUUUGAGAUUAGCAAUGAGUGGGGUAGGUCAAUGCGUAGCUCCAUUGGUUGGGUUAUGGAUUUUUGCCCAAAUUCGCCAACACCUUGAUGGUUUUUUGGAUUUCCAGUGCAAACUCAACCCUGGGGAUGUUCUUCAUCAAUAUGUCUUGGAAUUGAAGCAGCGAUGUUUGGAAGUGUGGCCGACCCCAAUUCCUCCGACAGUGGUUGAAGAUCCAGUUGAAGACUGCCAUGACAUGCUCCAGGUCUAUCUCCAGUGGCCGGCACAGACGGCUGAAACACUGUGUCUGCGAUGUUCUCCAGGUACGACCGGUACCCAGUUGCUUGCGGCUGAGACCAAACUGGGGGUUUUUGAAGCAGGGUCAGUGGUCACUUGUGAUGGAUUGCUUUUGGAUUUAUCCUUGCCUCUUUCAGCCAAUGCUCUCCUCGCAAUCUUGCCUGCUGAUUGGACUUGUCGAAGUGAAGCACCAGCAUUGUUGCCGUGUUGCCCUGACUAUCAUGAUGCAGAACCUCCAGCUGAACCUGCCCCGGCCAGAGGGGUAAAGUAUGACCUUCCUGUUGUGACUUGUGAAAAGUUGCAUGAGCUUAGGAUUCAGGACCAGACACGUAACCAACGCCUUGCCAUUUUGGCGCAACAAGGGCUUGUCUGGAGUGAUGAUGAGUUGAAAUUUUGGCUUGAAGCAACUGCCUCGGCUGCUGAGGAGGCUCAACAUGUUGGCGUGUGGGAUCCAUUGCUUGUUUCUGGUUUGGCAGUGCAUGAUGUGCCUGACACUUGGAAGCGUCUUGUGAGUGGCUUGGGACCUGAAGCUACGGUGGUUUCAGCAGUUGCAGUUGACCGGCAUUGGUACCCAUUGGUUUGGCGUUGCGACUCUGUAGGUUCAAAGCUUUUUACCUGUGGUGUAGCUCCUGAGCAUGCAGGUGUUUUCCAGUCUUUGUCAGAGGCAGUGAGUCACCUCCGGGGUGGGUCUGAGGGUGAAUGGACUUCAAAGGACCUUGGAUUUACGGUCACGCGUCACUGUGGUGCAGUUGUGGUUGCCUUUAUCCGUCACUUGCUGGUCGAAGCUCGACUUCCAGUGUCCCUUGGUGAGGUUGAUUUGCUUGCUCAAGAGUUGCGGGUUGGAUUUGAACAGUGCCUCCCUGAUUUUUGUUUCAGGCCUCGCUUGGCGGGUCUUGGACUUACUGACCAUCCGGAUCUUUGUGAUUUGCUCUCGGGUCAUGGGGUCUCUGUUUCUGAAGUCAAGACUCGUGCUCAGAACAUGAUCGGGGCAUUAGGUGAGAGUGAGGUGACCAGAGCCAUGCAAUGCUCCAACCCAUGGAGAGAAUUGAAGUGGUUAGCAAACCAACAGCGGCCACCCUUUAUCAUAGUCAAGCCGUCUGAGCUGCAAGCUCAGAUCCAGAAGCGACAAGGCUCGGGCACUGUGGGCCAAAAGAAGCACAAAGCCCACAAAGGCAAAGGUAAGGGUAAGCCACUUGAGGCCAAGACCACUCUGGAUCCUGGCAGACUCCGUAUUGACCAUGGACUUUUGCAGAGCGAGAACGGUGUUGUACUGACAACCAUGGCAAUGGCUGCCCCAUACCUCCAAGCAGGGAAGGUUCUUUCCUCUGGUGCGUUGGCCUUUUUUGUGGUUGACUCGGUUCAGGUGAUAAAUGGAUUUCCGUCUGCUGUUGAAAGGCUCCCCUUGGUUUGUGCUGAGAACUCGGAGCCAUUGUUAGUUGAUGGAUUGCUGAUCCAGCUUGGUGCUUUGAAGGUCCAACGUUCAGUCUCAGGGGUCGGAUGCGAGGUCAGUGCAAUUGCUACCUGCGUGAUCAAGGCUAUGGUUUUCCGUGACAUGGUUUCUGGUUCUUGGGAGCAGGUAGUUGCCCAUCCUCUCCAGUACAUCAUCAACAGGCUGGGUCCUUUGCAGAUGUGCGAUGAUGCUGAGUGCUCAGGUUGCGAAGCAUGGCACCGUACUGAACAAUGCCCAGUUGACUCUCCCUUGAUUGAAGUGUGGGGGCGGCAGUGGAUGACCAAUUCCUUUGCAUACUGCAGUCCGGAUGAAGCUGACAUGUUUGCCGUCCAUAUCAGGUUGCCUGAGUCCUUGCAGGUCGCUGUCCAGGAGUUCAGUGGGGAUGCUGGCGUUUUUGUUGAACCGAAAAGUGUCUGUGGCAGGAAACCUUCCAGUGUCUUUCAGGUCAUUUGGACUCCCCGUGCCGAUAUGAAGCAGCUGAUCAUCCAAAGGCAGACCUUGCCUGAGGUGUGCGGCAUUGCCCGUUUGGGCACCAAGUUUGGCCUUAGGUGUAAAGUGGAAUUUGCAGCGUCAUUGUCGGCCAAGAUCCGGCCUGAGCAGGUGUUCCUCCCACAAGGAGACAAGUUGACUUUCUUGGUUGGGCCCAUGCCAUAUGGAACUUUGCGUUCAUCCCUCACGAAGGCCAUGAGUGAAUUUGGAUGGACUGUCCGGCCAUUGCAGCCAGUGUCAACACGGUCAAGUGUCCCUGGGCUUAUGUUUCGGGUUCAAGCCAUCAGUGAACCUCCAAAGAAAGUCAUGCGCAUGAGCCAUGGUGAUGUUGUUGUCACACGUGAGACGGAAAUGACCCAGAGUGGACCUGCCCAGCCCGGUGUCAUUGCUGCUCAGGCGACAGUAUCAAAAGUUUCCACUGAGGCUAUGAUCGAUGAACUGCAAGUCAAUGAUCCUCGGGCGAAGCCAGCAGGUCGCUCCACUAAACCACCAGUGCCGGUUGUUCACAUGGGUAACCCACUUGAAGAUAUGGAACAGAGGGUGCUUUCUGCAGUGCUUUCCCAGUUGCCGCGCGCCCCCAUGGAUGUUGACUCUGAUGAGCCUGGUGUCACUAGGGUUGAUAAGUUGGAGCAGCAAGUCCAAGACUUGCAACAGCAUACCGAUGCGAUGCAGCAAGCUAUGGCCAAGCAAGCUGGUGACCAGGAUCAGCAAUUCACCGAAGUGCGCACCCAGAUUGCCUCACAGAGCGCGCAUUUUGAAGCAGCGUUGGCCAAUCAUAACGGUCAAUUGCAACAGUUCCAGGACACCUUUCAGGAACAAUUUCGACAGCAGUCGGUGCACCAGCAGAACAUGUUGGACUCGAUGUUUCAGCAGCAGAUGUGCCAGUUUGAGUUGGACUUGGACUUAUGCCUGGGUCUCCGGGAAGGCGACAGGCCACACGUCUUAUUCCCGGCCAACUCCAAGAACUUGGUUAUCAUUGCUGAAUGGACUUUGGGCAUUGCAAAUCCGUCUGGACUUAACUCAAAGGUAGACCAGGUUGCUGCCAUGGGGGGUCAAGCAUGGAUUCUUUCAGAAACUCACCUCUCGGCUGUGGGUCUUCGCAAUUUUGUCAAGGGUUUGAAAGCAGUGCGGUCUCCCUGGCAAGCUGUUGUGCCAGGAGCGCCAUGCCCUGCCCGCAAUCAAUACGGGACAGGCAACCACUCUGGGGUGAUGUUGUUGAGUGCCUUUCCAGCCAGAGCUCUUGCUCACAAUUUUGCUGCUGACACCUAUAAGACGGCCAGACUGCAAGUCGCGGGUUUGACUGUGGGUAACACCUGGGUUACGGUUGGCAUGUUGUAUGGAGUUCCUUGCAAUGCCCAACACAACCAUGCAAAGUACACGACUGAGGUGAUGUUGGCCGAACUAGUUGACAGGGUUGCUUGCCAGAGUAGUGGACCACGUGCAAUUGGUGGUGACUUCAACUAUGCGGCGCAUGAACUUGGUCAGGUGCGUAGACUGUGGGAUCUGGGUUUUCGUGAAGCUCAGGAUGUUGCUGCCUUGCGUUGGGGGCAAUCGGUCGAACUCACAGGCCGUGGGAGCCGCAGGAUUGACCAAUUAUGGCUGUCACCAGAGCUUCAAGCCCUUUUGCUUGGUGUCGAAGUAUGUCAUGACAUGUGGGCUGACCAUGCUGCAGUUGUUGCAAAAUUUGCGUUUGGGGGUGGGGCUUCCUUUCCUUACUGGCGUAUGCCUCAACCCUUUCCUUGGCCGAAGAACUGGACUUGCAAUGUUGACUGUGAUCCUCAAGGGGACCUUACUGUUGAGUAUGCCAGACUCUGGUCCCAAGUUGAAGUAGGAGCCCGUGAAUGGAAUUUGCACAGUGGACUUGUUUGCUCACGGGCUCAGAUGGGCCGGGGCCAGACACUUGAUACGGUCCAAAGAGACCCCUACCAGGUACCUUGUCGGAAAGCAAGGGUUGGGGAAGUUGCACCAGGGUUUCUGGGUAUCAGCCUUCAACAUGCUCGAUACUUCAAACAACUGCGAAGGUUGCAGGCUUUAACCCAACAGCAACUGAAGGGUGCAACAACUUUGAAUGCCAGGAUCAAUCGUGAAGAGACUUGGCGGGCCUUGCGUAGAGCACCGGGAUUCCCUGGGGGUUUUGGUAGUUGGUGGACUUCCUCUGGACUUCUUCCCUGUUUCCCUUCUGGACUCCCACUCUUGUGUCCUUCUGCAGGGGUUUUGACUGGCAUGUUCCAAGCGAUGAAUGUUUGGGUUAAAGAGUAUGAGUCAGUAUUGGCACAACGGCGCUACCAGUUUGGUAAACAGCGUCGCGCCAGUGCGAUGCACUAUGUCUUCAAGGAUUGCAAGCUUGCCUCCGCGCCCCCCGUCGACACGUUGCUUGAACGCUUAGAGGUUGGGAUUGAAGAGGUGCGGGAGGAUGAAACUGCUUUGGUCCUCACUCACCCUGUUGAAUUGCUGCCUGGUUUGCCAGUGGUUGCUCAAGGUAAGGUGUUGGAAGUCAUUCACCAAGAACAUGAUCAACUGUGGGUUGAAGACGUGUCUGGACUUUCUGCCGGUCACACCCUGGUUCAGGAGCGUGCCACAAUGUCUGAACAGGACAUCAUCCAAAAGUUUCAUGAAGUUUGGAAGCCCCGAUGGAACAAGGCUCACCAUGUUGUUCCAAGCCAGUGGAAACAAAUUUGUGCCUUUACAGAGAGGGCUUUGAAACCAUUGGAGUGGACUUUUCAGCCGUGGUCUUCCGGGCGGUUUUGUCAUGCAGUUGCCCGUAAGAAGAAGACAUCAGGGAAAGGCCCUGAUGGUGUUGGCCAAUUGGACUUGGCAGCUUUGCCUCCGUCAGGGGUUGAUGCGUGUGUGGCCAUUCUCCAGGCAGUUGAGGCUGGGAAACCUUGGCCGCUCCAGGUUCGUCAGGCAGUUGGUGAGGCAGUUGCUUCGAAUUGUGGACUCCCUGAAGGCUGUGGACUUUCGGUCGUUGGAAUGAUUGUGAUUGACUGGCUCCUUGAUUGUUGGUUGGCUGCUCACACCACUGGUGUUGACUUGCGUGCCUUCGUUGACGAUUGGGGUGUGCUCUUUGGGUCGGUCACUGACUUUCCUGUCCUCUGGCAUCACAUCCAGGAGUUCGUCAGCGCUUUGGACUUAUCUCUUGAUAUGAAGAAAACGCGAGUCUGGAGCUCGGAUGGAGCUGCUCGAGCUGAGCUUCGUGCUUUCGAAGUUUCCCUGGCCCCAUAUGCCAGAAAUUUGGGAGCCCACCAGAACUUCACACGACACUGUUGGAAUAGCGUGCUCCAGGAUCGUUUGAAAACCAUGCCUCAUGUCUGGCCUUUGUUGCGGGCAAGUCUCAGCCCAUAUGCACAUAAAGUUCAUGCACUGCAGAUCUUGGCUUGGCCGAGAGCUCUUCAUGGCAUUGCUGUUGUUCACCUUGGACUGCACCAUUUCAAGACACUGAGGAGUGGAGCGAUGCGUGGAUUGAAAGCUGACUGUAAGGGUGCGAACCCUGUGCUGCAUUUGGCAACCGCCAACAUUCUUGCAGACCCUGAGGUUGACAUUGUGGCCACACAAAAAGCCCUGGGUCAUUACAGUUCGGCAGAUCAAGUUUACCUGCGGUGUCACUUGGAUGGGACCCUCUUUGUUAAAUUUCAGCCUGGGACGGAUGAUCGCUGUGAGUGGUGUGGAAACCGUGAUGUAUUUGAACACAGAGCUUGGAAUUGUCCUUACUUUGAGUGUUGUCGAACCCACUUGUCGUCGGCACAGCGUCAAGAAGCCUUGUCUCUGCCGCCGGCUUUCUCAGUGCAUGGUUGGGCUUUGGUUCUUGCCGAAUGGGAGCUCUAUGUGGAUUUUCUCCUCAGGGAUGACUGCUUUCGUAAGAUGUCACCUGUGAACCUACCCCCUCUAAGAGCCUCCAACUGGUGUGACCUCUUUGUUGAUGGAACAUGUGCCAAUCCUACAGAACCUUGUCUGCGUUAUGGAUCAUGGGCGGUCACACUUGCCGCUGGGGGCCCGGGUAGUCUGACUAACCAUGUUGUUCUGGCGGGGCACCUCCAGGGUUUAUGCCAAUCUGCUUUUCGCGCAGAGUUGGCGGCAGUCUACAACGCAUUGGUUUGGGCAGCAGACCGAUGUCAGAAAGUCAGGCUUUGGUGUGACUGCUUGGGAGUGGUACAGAGAGUCAGGAGGCUGCUCAAGGGCGGCCGUGUGUCUCCAAAUCGCGCACACUCUGACUUGUGGAGGAACAUUGCCGAGCUCUUGCGCACAACAGACCUCGAGGUUCAAAUUAUCAAGGUGGUUUCUCAUUGUUGCGUCACUGCGGCAACGAAUGCCGAAGAGGAAUGGGUCUACUGGCACAAUAGACUCACCGACCAGGCAGCAGCAGUGAUUAAUGACAAACGACCCCCUGAGUUUUGGACAGCAUGGAAGAAUUUGGCGGCGGCUUUGACCCGCCGACGAUGCUUGCACCAGGCCAUCCUUUUGAUGCUCCUCAAACAGUCAAGACUGGCGAAUGUGAACAAACCCAUUGAUGUUUCGAAACAGCCGAGGGUGAACCCGGGACCUGUAGUUGUGAUGCCAGCAGCCCCACGUGAGUGGAUUCUCCCUGAAAAACUGUUUCGGCGGUAUGGUCAAUCCAAUGUUGAAGCAAUUCAUAGAUGGUGGUCAGCUUGCGGAAAAGAGGUGCUCUCUGGAAGAGGUGAACUCCGACUAGUAGCCGGUUUGCAGCUGUUUUUCGAUUUCCGAUGGGCCACAGAGCACAUUGGACCUUUCCUCCAUCGAAAGCGAUGGUUUGCAGAGGAGGCCAACCUUCCGCCUGGGU